AUGGAGGAUGAGGAAGAUCUCGAGGUACUUGGUGAACAGCUGUAUGAUUUAAUUUACCCCAAAUACGCCGAGAUCGCCGGGAAACUCACAGGUGAGUCACCCAAAACGUUUUACAUUUACACUAACAUUCAAAUUGCAAAGCAUUACGCAGCUAUGUAGGCAUAUGCAUUACUACCAAUAUGUUAUAGCUAGCUAGUAGAUUACAUUUUUACAACAUUGUUUCAUAUGGUAUAUUGAGAUGGCAUUGUCAUUGGGUCGCAGGCAUGUUGCUGGAGCUACCUGGUCCUGUUUUGACUCAGAUGCAGCAGGAUGAAGCUAUGCUGACAGAGGCCCUUGAGAAAGCCCUCAGAGCUCUGCAACUACCUCAGGGCCCAAGGUAAGAUUGAGAAAUCCCCAUUCAUAGACGCUAACUACUUUAGCGCCUAUUGACGAAAGUAUCUUCUGAUCGGAGGAGUUUUGUUAAGAGCCCCGAGUCUUGCUUUAACACGCAUCGCUUUCAGUACUGUUUUGGAAACAUAAGCAACGAAUCUUUCAUAUCAGCGAGAAAUAAUAAUAUAAAAAAAGGUAAAUUACUACACACCUUUUCUAGGGUUAAUGUUCCCACACAUACCUACAUGUUACAGGGCUUGUUUACAGAAGACAAAGGCGACCACCUGUGCUAAUUAGCUAUGGAGCCUGCACCGAACACCUUUACAUUUUAGUCAUUUAGCAGACGCUCUUAUCCAGAGCGAGAACACCUGCGCUAACUGGGGAGGAAAUUUAUGGAUUUCACUUGACUGGGCAUAUGCCCACCCACUUGGGAGCCAGGCCCAGCCAAUCAGAAUGAGUAUUUCCCCACAAAAGGGUUUAUUACAGACAGAAAUACUCAUCAAUUUCAUCAGCUGUCCAAGUGGCUGGUCUCAAACAAUCCUGCAGUUGAAGAAACCGGAUGUGGAGGUCCUGGGCUGGCGUGGUUACAUGUGGUCUGCGGUUGUGAGGCCGGUUGGACCUACUGCCAAAUUCUCUAAAAAAAUCCAAUCAAAUUGUGUUUGUCACAUGCGCCGAAUACAACAGGUGUAGACCUUACCGUGAAAUGCUUACUUACAAGCCCUUAACCAACAAUGCAGAAAAAUAAGAGUUAAGAAAAGAUUGACUAAAUAAACUAAAGUAAUUUUUUUAAAAGAGUAACAAUAAAAUAACAAUAAUGAGGCUAUAUACAGGGGGUUCCAGUCAAUGUGGGGGGGUACAGGUUAGUUGAGGUAAUAUGUACAUGUAGGUAGGGGUAAAGUGACUAUGCGGGGGCGGGAUCAAUGCAAAUAGUCUAGGUACAUUUUACAUUUUAGUCAUUUAGCAGACGCUCUUAUCCAGAGCGACUUACAGUUAGUGAGUGCAUAUGCUCUACCAACUAAGCUACAGGGGACCUGCACAGGUCCUCAACUGGCAGCUUCAUUAAAUAGUACCCGCAAAACACCAGUCUCAACGUCAACAGUGAAGAGGCGACUCCGGGAUGCUGACCUUCUAGGCAGAGUUGCAAAGAAAAAGCCAUAUCUCAGACUGCCCAUCUUAAUCUUUUCUUUUUAUUGGCCAGUCUGAGAUAUGGCGUUUUCUUUGCAACUCUGCCUAGAAGGUCAGCAUCCCGGAGUCGCCUCUUCACUGUUGACGUUGAGACUGGUGUUUUGCGGGUACUAUUUAAUGAAGCUGCCAGUUGAGGACCUGUGAGGCGCCUGUUUCUCAAACUAGACACUAAUGUAUUUGUCCUCUUGCUCAGUUGUGCACCGAGGCCUCCCACUCCUCUUUCUAUUCUGGUUAGAGCCAGUUUGCGCUGUUCUGUGAAGGGAGUAGUACAAAGCGCUGUACGAGAUCUUCAGUUUCUUGGCAAUUUCUCACAUGGAAUAGCCUUCAUUUCUCAGAACAAGAAUAAACUGACGAGUUUCAGAAUAAAGUUCUUUGUUUCUGGCCAUUUUGAGCCUGUAAUCGAACCCACAAUUGCUGAUGCUCCAGAUACUCAACUAGUCUCAAGAAGGCCAGUUGUUUUGCUUCUUUAAUCAGCACAACAGUUUUCAGCUGUGCUAACAUAAUUGCAAAAUGGUUUUCUAAUGAUGAAUUAGCCAUUUAAAAUGAUAAACUUGGAUUAGCAAACACAACGUGCCAUUGGAACACAGGACUGAUGGUUGCUGAUAAUGGGCCUUUGUACGCCUAUGUAGAUAUUCCAUUAAAAAUCAGCCAUUUCCAGCUACAAUAGCCAUUUACAACAUUAACAAUGUCUACACUGUAUUUCUGAUCAAUUUGAUGUUACAAAAAAAUUGCUUUUCUUUCGAAAACAGGAAUUCCUAAGUGACCCCAAACUUUUGAACGGUAGUGUAUAUAGCUAUUAAAAUACAUUUCAAUUCUAAUGUCUUGCAUAUCUUAAUUUCCAUCAAUAUCAAUUAAUAUGCGUAAUAAUGUCGGCAGUUCAUGCGAAGGAUUGUUACCUAUAACCCGGAUUGCCAUUGUUCUACAUUACAUUUUUGUCAAGCAAUUCUUAUUUUAGCAAACAAUUAUUGUGGUUCAUCCUAUAUUCUCCCUAACAUCCUUACCCCCUUGCAACAGAUGUGGGAUACACGCACACGCACAUUCUCAACCCCUUUCCUCCACAAUCAACCUUAAGCUCAGAUGCUCAACGGUUGUUACAUUCCAGAGCCUACCUCAAGAAAGGACCUGAUUUACGAAUGCAUAUACAGUUACAGCUGUUUGAAAAAGCAUGCAAGAUUGAGCAAAAUUUGACACAUUUGAGCUUUGAUUAACCUAUGUCAAGUCCUAGGUGAUGGAGAUCAGAUCCACCCCCUUCCCCUGAAACACACAAACUCUGGUCCCCCGUUGUAACCAUUUUCCCAAGCAUCUCCGUGCAGUCAGACCUUUGAUUAUUUUGUGCCACCAGGGCCACAAUAAUAUGCCCCCUCUCUGAUUGUCCAAGUGUGACCCCCUCCCCAUGGGUUACUGCAGCUAGUGUUGCCAGCACUGCCACUACCUGGGUGGGGGUUCCCACCGGAAUCCCCACCGGCUAGGUACAAGGUCGUCAAGGUUCGCAUUAGCAGCUUUGAGAAAUUCCUAGUAGAUUAUGCUCUCCAAUCAAGGGGACUCUGCCUUUGUAGGACCAACCUUGCCAGGCAGGCUCAGAAUCUUGAGGGGGCGGUGCUGCUCUAGUAGGUCUCUGACCGCAUUUAUCUUUCUGUUUUGGCUGCAUAUAGGCAACUUACAGCAGGGCCAUAAAACAGAUGGGGACUUCUCUUUGGUGUAUGAGUCGCUCAGGUGGGUGUCUAGGAUAUAGGGUUGGGGACCGUUCCAUCAUGAUAGGACAAUAAAAAAUCAAUUAGAUGUAUACGUUAUUUUAAAAUGUAUAUCCCUCAUCUGCACAAUUUGAAAGCUCUCUCUCUCACAACCCCUGCUCACAGACACACAUUGGUUCUGGGAUAUGCAACCAUUUCCUUUCUCACUCACUUAACGCCACACUUUUCCAAACACAAAAACGCACACCACACCUUCCAUCACAAUACAUCCACACAUACCCACAUACUGUGCCUUCUAUGUCUUCUGUUUGCUAUGUUUUUAUCUCCACUAUGUUGAGUACUUUUGUGUUCUUAAGAGCUGCAGUUAGUUUCAGAGUGGGUGGCAAGGAAUAAGUUAGUCCUAAAUAUUUCAAAAACUAAAAGCAUUGUAUUUGGGACAAAUCAUUGACUAAACCGUAAACAUCAACUAACUCUUGUAAUGAAUAAUGUGGAAAUUGAGCAAGUUGAAGAGACUAAAUUGCUUGGAGUAACCCUGGAUUGUAAACUGUCAUGGUCAAAACAUAUUUUUUUUUUUUUAAUACAACAGUAGCUAGGAUGGGGAGAGGUCUGUCUAUAAUAAAGCGCUGCUCUGCAUUCUUAACAGCACUAUCAACAAUGCAGGUCCUACAGGCCCUAGUUUUGUCGCACCUGGACUACUGUUCAGUUGUGUGGUCAGGUGCCACAAAGAGGGACUUAGGAAAAUUGCAAUUGGCUCAGAACAGGGCGGCACGGCUGGCCCUUGGAUGUACACAGAGAGCUAACAUUAAUAAUAUGCAUGUCAAUCUCUCCUGGCUCAAAGUGGAGGAGAGAUUGACUUCAUCACUACUUGUAUUUGUGAGCGGUAUUGACAUGUUGAAUGCACCGAGCUUUAUGUUUGAACUACUGGCACACAGCUCGGACACCUAUGCAUACCCCACAAGACAUGCCACCAGAGGUCUCUUCACAGUCCCCAAGUCCAGAACAGACAAUGGAGGCGUAUAGUACUACAUAGAGCCAUGACUACAUGGAACUCUAUUCCACAUCAAGUAACUCAUGCCAGCAGUAAAAUUAGAUUAAAAAAACAGAUACAAAUACACCUUAUGGAACAGCGGGGACUGUGAAGCAACACAAACAUAGACACAUGCAUGCAAACACGCGAUAACAUACGCACAAUACACACGUACACAUGGAUUUUGUGUUAUAGAUAUGUGGUAGUAGAGUAGAGGCCUGAGGGCACACACUUAAUAUGUUGUGAAAGCUGUUAUGAAUGUAUUGUAAUGUUUUUCAAAUGUAUAACUGGCUUAAUUUUGUUGGACCCCAGGAAGAGUAGCUGCUGCAGCUAAUGGGUAUCCAAAAUAAAUACAAAUCUGUUGCCAAUGACCUUGAGCCUUCUUGGAUGGGCACUUCUAAUGUAACUAUGGCAGCACCCAAGGGGCUUGAAUUCUUGAAUUCUCGAACUCUCCCCAUAGAUUGUGCGGUGACGUAGUGUCCCCAUGAGUGACAGAACACUGAGCCAAUCACGGCGCAACUAGAGAACAUUACCAAUCCCAUAUUUAAUUCCAAGUAAGUCACAUCCUAUAUGUGCAAUUUAUAGACUAUAAUGAUUUAAUAAAACAAAAUGUUGUUUAAAUGCUGAGUGUUUUAUGUCCCUACCAGUCUAUUGUGUCGCACUCGCAAAUGCUUCACAAUGUAUUUCUUUGUAGGCUAUAGCCUUGAAAUAAUUGAAAUAAUAUUGCCUAAAUAAUUCAUUUUCAGGCUCCCUGUCUGGCACCUGACCUAUUUAUGCUAUUUAAUGACAUGUAGCCUAUUUGAAAUGAUGUGCGAGUCUUACAUUCACCUUUUCAUGUUUAUUCAAAUACUUUUCAUUCAAAUCAUAUGGUUUGGUUUCAAUACUUCAAAACCAAAUGGUAGGUCCAGGUAGUCACAACAAUAGAUGGAUGUUGGUUAAAUUGUGAUUUUAAUUAAUGAAGCGAAUUUGGAGCUGCAGCUUUUUUUCCUGUGAGCACGGAGCAGUUUUUAGCUGAGUGGUUGGAAAAAGACCGGAAAUCCAACCACUCAACUCCGCUCACAUACUCUGAUCUGUAGACACCUCCGCCACACCGUCAUUUAUUUGAUCUCCACCCCAAACGAAUAGCGGGUGAAUAGCAUGCUAUUCUCAUGCUUAAGUUCAAGGUCAGAAUACGUGUAGAGAGAACAGUGCAUACAAAGGGAAUUACGUUCCAUUUACGAAUGCUUAACUCGGGUUGGACUCCGCCCCCAUGUGAGUUUCUGUGUCACAAUUUGGUUGAGUUUGAUCUUAACUAACCUCCAGAGCCCAGGCUUCUCGUAGAUUUGGAAGGAUGGCCAUGUGAGACUAGAUCUCAACUAACUAUGAUCUCUCCAUGACUUCUGUCCUGUCAGCAAUACGGGGAUGUCAAAGGAGGAAGAUGAAGCAUCUGCCUCUUCUGACUCGCUUGGGGAACAGCUGUUUGAGCUAGUGGACUUCUGCAACACUGGCCACACACAGAAAAUCACUGGUAAUCAACCUACUGAUCAGUAAGCCAAUCAUCUCUCCUCCCUCCAAACGUAUUAUUUAUUUUAUUUACUUAACCUUUAUUUUACCAGAUUAGUCUCAUUGAGAUAAAAAAAAAUCUGGCCAAUUUUACCAGAUUAGUCUAAUUGAGAUAAAAAAUCUGGCCAAAAAAGCAACACACAAAGUUUGACACUUUUCUGCUUGACCAGAAAAGCUUAAUUCCUGAAUGAUUUUAGUCUUUUUUGACUCAACUAAAAUCCUAUUUUAUUUAAAACAUUUUAAAUGUUGGGGGCCAAGAAAAUCACUUGCUGGCCGCCUGUUGCCGACCCCUGCCCUAUACAAUGUGAAUCCACACAGUGCAAGCGCAGGCUGAUCCUUUAUGAACCAACAGCUUAUUAUGCUUCCCUAACAUGUAUGUACCAAUGUACCACUCCAGGCAUGCUACUGGAGCAGCAUAAAGAAGCGGUGCUGCAUCUUCUCUCAGAACCCUCACUACUGGAGGAGCAGGUGAACCUGGCCUUGAAGACACUGCAGGAGUGAGUGUGGAGCGUGGACAUCAUUGUGGGGAAUAAAGAUAUUAUGAAGGACUUUAUUUGUAUAUCCGGACACAACGCCUAUCACAGAUAUUAUGAUGAACCUCUGAAUGGAUGGAAACUAGACUGUGAUUAGGCUACUCUGUUAAUGGCUGUUAUUAAUUGUAGAUCUGUCAGUCAAGCAGACUGAGGCCCUGUCCAAAUAUAACCCAUAUUACCCUAGAUUUGGGUAGGUAUAAGCAAUAUGAUAGUAGCCACUGAUGAACUAGAUUAUAUUUUUCUGCCAUAUUGGUUAUACCUAUCCACACUCAGAUCUACUAAAAAGCCUUGAGGACUAGGGGUUGUUUCUGAAUGGGACAUUGGUCUCGAAAGGAGAGCCUAGAAGCCUGACACGGAAGGCUUCCCACUUAUACAGUAAUAUAACAUUAUUCAUCCAUUUUAUGGUGUCAUUAUUGUACAUCCAAUAGUAAAUACAUGGUGAUACCAGAAUAAUAUCUAAUAUCUCACUAGUCGCAGGCCAUAAUGUGUGGGAAGCUUAGCCUAUAAUGUGCAGUUUUUUAAAAUGAUAUUCAUAGCAUGAUAUGUUUCCCCUACCCUGUUUUGCUGUAGGCUGGGUGUGGAAGAGACAGAUGUGAGUGACUCAUCAGAUGCCGAUGACACUGAGAGGCUGGAAGAGAGGCUGUUUCUACUGGUGCAGGAGAUGAACGCAGCGCACUCAAAUGACAUUACA